CGGUCCUGUCGCAUGAUCUUCAAAAGAGAGUGGUGGUUGUUGACACCAGCAAUGAAAUCGGAGGUGAUGGGGAUGUUCCACACCCUGCAAUAGGAAGUGCAAGAAGAUUGCAGGUUCCUGAGCCCUCUAUGCAGCACUUAGUUAUGAUUGAAGCAGUGGAGAAUCACAUGCCUGAGGUGAUUAUAAUUGAUGAGAUUGGCACAGAAUCUGAAGUUAAUGCUUGUCGAACUAUUGCAGAGAGAGGAGUUAUGCUUGUAGGCACUGCUCACGGUGAGGGGCUGGAGAACAUUGUCAAGAAUCCUAUCCUAGUGGACCUGAUUGGUGGAGUGAAAAGCGUAACAUUAGGUGAUGAAGAAGCCCGAGUAAGAAAUAGCAAAAAAAUCAUCUUUGAGAGAGUGGCUUCUCCCACAUUUCCUUUUUUGGUUGAGGUUAGGGAGCGGACUAUUGGGCCAUACAUCGGACAGGAAGGAGUGUGGAUGCUUUGCUUCGUGGGAGGAAAUCGUUUGUUGAGAUUAGGAAAAGAGAUAAAGACAUGAAAAUCAUGAUUGAAAGAUGGAAGAUGGAAGCCUGAAUUGUCACUUUGGGAACUGGUAAUAUCAGUUUGAUCCUGUCAGCAGCUUGCACAGAGCUUCUUGAAUGUGAGAUUCUAACAUAGUUCUUGACGAAUGGAGGCUUUUACUGGUUUUUUGUUGCAUAUGAAGGAUGAUUGAUCUUGUAAAGCUUUGCAUAAGGUAGGUGGUGAGAUUUUUAAUGAUCCUAGAAUCCCGUCAAGAAGCUUAUUGGGUGACUUGGGAUCUCUAACCAACUCCGACUUUUAUCUUCAAAUCCAUUGCAUGAGAUCUUACCAGAGAUCCUGGAAAAUUCAAUGAGAUCAGUAACUUUCAUAUCGAGAUGGUGAUUAAAAGAGGGCCACCUCUUAGGGGGUUCUAAUUUCUAAAGGUCAGGAUUCCAAUUCUUCGCUGCCAGUAACCACCCUACACUUGAGGGCUACAGCUCAAGCAGGUCCCUCCCGCAAAAUACUUCGCCAACCCCACGUGGCAUUGGUAUUACAUUUGACAUUGAGGAAGUUCUUGUUCAUAUAAAUGUUUUGAAAUGAAAAAACUCACUCUGACAAA